UCUAUAAAGUCGUUGAGCCACGCUUUUACACACAAGCUAAGUUUUUUGCUUUCUUUCUCUCGAGAAGAAGAGAUCUUUGCAGGUCCUCUGGAUCUUCACUUUCACCUUAGAGGUAUGCUAUUUGGAAGAGGCUGUGAGCCUAGCUUGAAGAGAUACUCGAGGGAACUGGGCGACAGCAAGAAGAGACUGAACAAGUCCCGCCUUUGUUAUCGCUCUCAUUGUUGCUCUGCUUGGCAUCUUUCUAAUGAAAUUCAACCGUACUCAUCAACACUCUAAUACUAUUCCAAUGGCAACGGAUCCAACUAUUAGUUUUAUUGCCGGAGGGUUGGCAGGAGGUAUUGCAACUAUUGCCACAUCACCACUCGAAGUCAUUAAAACCAGGCUACAGUCAAAUGUUGGUCAGGAAGUAAUGAAAUGUUAUCGAUUAGUCCCUGGGAACAUUCUAAAUACGUCACCUUAUGUCUACCAACAGCAUCAUAACGGAAUCGUGGCUGGACCCCGAUUUUUUAAUUAUGCAAGAUAUGUAAUAAAGACUGAAGGCUCUAUGGCAUUAUUUAAAGGGCUAACUCUCAGCUUGCUAGGCAGCAUGCCGACACGUGCCAUUUACUUCACUCUCUACUCAAACUUUAAACUGUUUUUCAAAAAUUUCAUGACACACAAUAGCAACCAGAUUCAUUUCAUAUCGGCAAUGUCUGCAGGUAUAAUGACCUCCACAAUCACAAGUCCUAUAUGGGUAGUCAAGACACAGCUACAACUGGAUAAUAGACCCAACCAGCUCCUUGGAUUCAGACAGUGCAUUCAAAUGCUGUACAGUAAAGAUGGAGUGAGGAGUUUCUACAGAGGACUCUCUGCCUCUUAUGCUGGCUCCAUUGAAACUGCCAUCCAUUUUAUGAUAUACGAGAGGUUAAAGGAGUGGAUCAACGUAGAUAAGGAUGUGCCUCCAUUUCAGUGUAUGCUGGUCGCUGCUUGCUCAAAGAUAACUGCUUCUACACUCUGUUAUCCUCAUGAGGUUUGUCGAACUAGAAUGAGACAGAGCGUUGAGCCUUCGCUGAGGAAGUAUAACUCUUUCUUUCAGACAUUACUGACCAUAUGGAAGGAGGAAGGAGCCAGAGGACUCUAUGGGGGCAUGGCUGCCCAUCAGUUGAGAGUUGUACCAAAUUCGGCCAUUAUUUUCUUUGCAUACGAAGCUAUUGUUAGAACACUUGGCUACAUGACUCUUUGAUUCAGACAGUAUGCACACACACACAGUUAAUUUUUCAAUCAUGAUGCAUCUCUUAUACUAUUUGUCUAUUGUGUUAUUAUUAUUAUGUUAUUUAUGAGUUGAAGAUUUCAAUACAAAAAACCAAUAAUAA